AUGCCACCUCACGAAGGGCUCGUCCACCCCAAAGAAUACGACAUCAAAGACAGCAAUGUCGAGCUUAUCGGAAGCGACCUAGAUCACCGCGUCAAGUACAAUUCCGCUGUGACCGAACCUGCCUGGCAAGGUCUGGGCCAAGAGCCAGGCCUCCGUAUCUGGCGCAUCGAGAACUUCGAAGUCAUCCCAUGGCCCAAGGAGAAGACUGGUCAAUUCUACGACGGCGACAGCUUCAUCGUGCUACACUCGUACAAGGUCGGUGACAAUAAGCUCGGGCAUGAUAUCUUCUUCUGGCUCGGAAGUAAGACUACACAGGAUGAAGCUGGAACGGCGGCUUAUAAGACGGUUGAACUGGACGAAUUUCUCCACGGUGCGGCUACCCAGUACCGUGAAGUCCAAGCGCAUCCCUCUGACGAAUUCCUUGCGCUCUUCACCCACUACCAAAUCAGAAAGGGUGGUGUUCGAAGCGGGUUCACUCAUGUUGAGCCCGAGGCGCCAAAGGAGAUUGCAACUCUGCUGCGCAUCUUCAAAAAGGGACCUACCUCUCGCACAAUCAUCGUACACGAAGUGGAGCCUACUUGGGAGUCUCUCGAUGAUAAAGACGUUUUCGUGCUAGACAAAGGCGAGAAGGAGAAGCUAUUUGUUUGGCAGGGUAAGGAUUGCAGCCCCAUGGAAAAGGCAAAGGCAGCUCAGGUCGUGAAUGAUCUGACAAUCAACCUACAUCGCGAUCUCGAAAUCAUUUCGCAGCACGAGUCAAGAUCCAAGAUCUUCGUCGAUCUUCUCGGUGGGAAGGACGUCUUUGAGCGAACAUUCCACUGUCCUCGUCCCGGUCGCUUCCAGAAGCAAGACUCUGAGCCCAGUGAUUCACCGAAGAAGCUGUUCCGACUUAGUGAUGGCUCGGGUCAGCUUACGUUUGAUCUCGUCAAGGAUGGGGAGAAGGUCCGCAGGUCGGAUCUAGAUAGGAACGAUGUGUUCCUCUAUGAUACAAACACUAGAUUAUGGGUUUGGCAGGGAUCCAGCGCCAGUGCAAGAGAGAAAGCCAUGUGGCUGAAGGUUGCUCAGGCAUAUAUUCGCCGACUCCAGGAAAGCCAAGAGAACUCCGAGGCUUACAAUACGCCUAUCUCUAAAGUGGUCGACGGUUACGAAAGCCCUGCCUUUUUGAAGACAAUUGAAGUCUAA